AUGGACAGCAGCAAGGCUUAUCCGAUGAAGGGUGGAGAUGGUAUCAGUAGCUACACCAAAAACUCUUCUUAUCAGAAGUCACUUUCAGACGUUGCUAUGUCACUCAUCAGCGAUGCUGUUGCUGAGAAGCUUGAUGUGUUAGCAUGUGGAACCCCCUUCCGUAUUGCAGACUUGGGUUGUUCCAUUGGCCCCAACACUUUGAUUGUUGUAGAAAACAUAAUAAAAUCUGUGCAACUCAAAUAUGAUGAGUACUCUUUCCCAACACCAGAGUUCCAAGUCUUCUUCAACGAUCACGCUUCAAACGAUUUCAACACCCUCUUCAAAACCCUUCCUUCCAAUAAACAUUACCAUGCUGCUGGUGUUCCAGGCUCGUUUUACACUCGUUUGUUCCCUCGGGCAUCUCUUCAUGUUAUCCACUCUUCAUUCGCUCUUCAUUGGCUUUCAAAAGUGCCUCAAGGGGUGAUAGAAAAAGACUCGAGAGCUUGGAACAAAGGGAGACUUCAUUAUGGUGGCGCUGAUAAUGAGGUGGUUAUGGCCUAUCGGGAACAACACAUGAAAGAUGUGGAUGGGUUUUUGAAAGCUCGAGCAGAGGAGGUGGCUAGCGGUGGUAUGGUGGUGGUUUUGGUGCCAGGCCGGCCAAAUGGGGUUCCACAUCUAGAGUGUAUUGGUAAUGUGUUGUUUGAGGUGUUGGGUUGUUGCUUGUUGGCUAUGGCGAAAGAGGGAAAGAUUGAGGAAGAGAAAGUAGAUUCUCUAAACAUCCCCAUAUAUUACUCAUCCCCAAACGAGUUAGAGGAAAUAGUUGAUAGAAAUGGUUGUUUUAGGAUAGAGAAAAUGGAAGUGAUGCCUCACAUUGCCGAGCCUGAAACCAAGGAUGCUGCGGGACGUCUUGCAAUGGGUGUAAGGGUUGGUGUUGAGGGAGUCUUGAAGGGGUGUCUCCAAGAGGAAACCAUAGAUGAGCUCUUUGAGUCAUAUCGCAAGAGACUAGAACAAGUACCAUCUUUGUAUUCCUCUGGUGGAGCAGCUAUAAUAUUUUUGGUACUAGCUAAGAAGGAAUCAUAA